CGACUGCAGUGCGUGCAGGGCUACAGGUGGGGGGGUAAAUUCGCCCCCUUCAUCUCAUUUCAUCUCAGUGCCGAGUGGACGGCCGAGGGAAACGCACGCGUCCGCGCGUCCCGCCGUCGCAAAACCACGCGCAAACCGUCAACAGUUCGCGUUCUAGUGUCAUUUUCAAAAUUUCGAAUUCGAUUCGCCAUUUUAUUUGUAACGGUUUCUGUCUGUGAUUGUUAUAGUGUUGUGAAAUAGUUUCCAAUGUUUAUUACUGUGAGCAUUUAACAGGAAUGGAUGGAGAGAAUCGUAUCAUUUUGAACGUUGGCGGUAUAAGAUACGAGACGUACAAGGCGACGCUGAAGAAGAUCCCGGCGACCAGGCUCUCCCGGCUGACGGAGGCGCUCGCCAACUACGACCCCGUCCUCAACGAGUACUUCUUCGAUAGGCAUCCUGGAGUCUUCGCCCAGAUCCUCAACUACUACAGAACUGGCAAACUGCACUACCCAACAAAUGUGUGUGGUCCACUAUUUGAGGAAGAGCUGGAGUUCUGGGGGCUGGACUCCAACCAGGUGGAACCCUGCUGCUGGUCCACCUACAGCAUACACAGGGACACACAGAAUACCUUGGCUAUCCUCGACAAAUUGGACAUUGACAGCGAGAAGCCUUCUGAAGAGGAGAUCGCGAGGCUCUUCGGCUAUGAAGAGGCAUACCUAUCAGGAGAGUUGGGCAUCUGGCAGAGAGUCAAGCCAAAAGUAUGGGCGUUGUUUGACGAGCCAUCCAGUUCACCAGCUGCCAAGAUGGACAAGAAAUAUAAGGUGAUAUCAGCAAUAUCGGUCUUCUUCAUCUGCAUAUCUGUCCUGUCGUUCUGCCUGAAGACCCAUCCUGACCUUCGGGUCUUCAACCACGACAGCAUACUGAGAGAGAACGGGUCUGAGUCCCUGGAGAUGUUGUGGCAUGACAAUGGGAAGCCACAUGCAGCAUUCUUUUAUAUUGAGCUAGUGUGCAACGUGUGGUUCACUAUUGAACUACUUGUGAGGUUUUUGGUGGCGCCAAAUUUAAUAGAAUUCGUGAAGUCACCAGUAAAUAUAAUAGAUUUUAUAGCAACGCUAAGUUUUUACAUGGACGUGGUGGUGGAACUGACGGUGGUGAGGCAGUAUGUCGAUAAAGCCGACAUCCUGGAGUUUAUCUCCAUCAUCAAGAUCCUCAGGCUGUUCAAGCUGACGAGGCACAGUCCUGGCCUGAAGAUCCUGGUGCAUACCUUCAAGGCUUCAGCCAAAGAACUGACUUUACUGGUCUUUUUCUUGGUGCUUGGCAUCGUGAUAUUUGCGAGCUUAGUCUACUAUGCUGAGAAGUCUCAGGAUAACCCUGACAAUCAGUUCAAGUCCAUCCCCUUGGGGCUAUGGUGGGCUAUCGUGACGAUGACCACCGUAGGCUAUGGGGACAUGGCUCCCAAGACUUACCUGGGCAUGUUCGUGGGAGCUCUCUGCGCGUUGGCUGGUGUGCUGACCAUCGCUCUGCCCGUGCCUGUCAUAGUGUCCAACUUCUCUAUGUUUUAUUCACAUACUCAGGCUCGGUCGAAACUACCAAAGAAACGGCGCAGAGUGCUACCAGUCGAGCAGCCGAGAAGAAAACGCGACGUCAGCGCCUCCAACCGUCGUGUUAAUGCCGUAAAACAUCCUGUAGUACUGAAGGACUUGCCUCCAGGAGGCAAUAAGUUUGGUGUUAACGGCAUGAACAUGAUCAGCUUGGCACUUCAGGGUCCAACCACGAACCUUCUCCGACCACCAACCACAGCAGCAAUGCCUCUUCAAGCAAGAGCGCCAAUUGUGGAGAGUCCAGUUAUCAACACGCAGUCUGGAGCGAUCUCGCUAGCGUCUCUGCAACCGCCUCUAAUGACCGCCCCGCCCCUGCAACCAAGACCUGCAACCACCGGCUCCUUAGACCUCAUGCUGCCAUUACAACCCAAGUUACUACCAGGAUUCAACCUACAGUCCUCAUUCCUCUCAAACACCCUUUCCACAGUUCGACCACCAGACAUUGACAAGAAAGAUGAUUUUUAUAAACCAAGGAUUGAAGUUAUUGUAGAGAAAAGAGAAAUCGAAGACAGUGACACUGUCGUCGAUGAUUCAAAUAAAAUAGACCAAAUAAAUGGCUACAGUGAAUGUAGCAAUCAUAAUAUAUCUGAUGUAGUUGAUAAUGAUAAUGUGAUGAAAGAUGAAAUUAAUUCUAAUUUAAUAGACACUAAUAGUACUGUGACUUCGAAUGAUAAUGAUGAUAGUCCAAAUAACAAUUCUUACUAAAAUUAAAUGUUAAUUGUAAAUGUUUCUAGCUGUGAAACCCCAAUAGAUAACGAUGUCUCCCAUUAGAUUUUAUGGAAUCUGUAAAAUAAUGAAAAUCUCUUUUCUUAGAUUUUUCUAGUCAAAAUAUUUGUGUCAAAUCAAAAUAUUUAGGGUAAGGUCACUUUAUAUAAUGAUAUCCUUUUCAUUUGUUGUUUGUAUUGGAAUGUGAAGGUGCUAUGUGGAUGAAAAUUGUUAAAAUUAGAAAGACGAUCUUAACUAGUGAAUGUUUUUAAAACGAGCGUCACUUUAAAACAGUUUGGACUCAAUCUUUUUGUAAUUUGAAUGUGCCAAGAUUACUUUAGCAAUUAUUAUCUACCACGAAUUUAAUGGGAAGUAGUGUUGUGUUUGAAGAUUACAAUAGUAAAUAUAAAUUAUUGAUCAUGAGUAAUUUUUUUUUCAUACAAUAAUAUUAUCUACGAAUGAGUUUGUUAUGAAAGAGCUACCGUACCUCUUUCACUGUCUCACUGUCUCUGUGAUUGCGAAUGCGACGCAUCAACCACGUUAUGCAGAGUAGAGGCAAUGUUUAUUUAACUUCUUUAUUAUGUUCUCAAAUUGAAUUAACUAGUUCAGGGUACGAAAUUUUUUCUCUAUUGAAAUCUGCAAACAUAGCACUGCCUCCCAUUAAAGCCGUGGCAGAUAAUUUAAGAACACCUUAUAUUGUCCUUUCAGCACCCUGCCAAAUCCAUUAAUAUAUUGUUUUUAUUUUCAUCCAUAGAGCAUAGUACAAUACAUUGUAAACAAAAUGUCAGUUUCGCUAUGAGCGAUUGUGUAAACGACCAAAACUAGUGGUUUUAGCUCGAGUAUGAAAUAUUUUGUAUAUUUUGUAAAUGGAAGACACGACGGUGAUUGAAUAUUGUACAUAGACUUCAAAGAUUCUUCCCUAAAAUAUUUACAGAAAAUAAAAUAAAAUGUAUGUCCGUUUUAAAUGUAUUUUGCAUCCGUUGAUAAUAUUCAUAAAUUUUCUAUGUAAUAUUCAAUAUAAUUCUGUAUUGAUUCAAUAAAAUAGGGAUGAUGACGGGGUAUGAAAAUUAAAAAUCAAUUUCGUCCGUCAGUUGGGUUAUGAAAAAAUAUUGGACACCUAUUUCUUUAUUUUAUCAUAUAAUAACAAUACUUAGAUAAAAUGAAUGAAGGUUUAGGAGUGGUAGCUACGUCAUUUCUAAGUAUAAAAUGUACCUCGAAGUCACAUCCCAUGCGAUAUUUCAAAUCGAUGUAUCUUCGAAAGUUUCUAUAAGAAAAUAAAAAAUACGUGUCUAAUAUUUUACAAUACUACAAGACAGACAUUAAAUAAUUAGUCAUCUACCCUAUUCUGAUUUGUAUCGUGAAUAUGUCAAAUAAAAUAUGAAAUGUUCAUUUAAUUUUGUGAAUACCUAAUUGAUACAUUUAAUGCAAAUUCUAAUCUUACUGGCAAAUGUACGUUUUUUUUUUUGUUUUCCUAUUAUUACAACAUUCUAAAGUGUAUGAAAACUAUUGAAUUAAAACUUAACUGAAAAAAUAUUUGUAUUGUAUAAAACUUACAUUCUAUUGUUUUUGAUUAAUUAUUUUGACCAUACAAAUUCAAUUUUCCAUGAAAAAUAAUAUCUUCCAAUUUAUCUUUUUGUAAAGAAAAAAAAGCCAAAAGAUGCCAAAUAACCUUUUAAAUCUCAGUUGUGCCAAAUAUAACAAAUUGUAGAUACUUAGGUGUAACUUAGUGUGUACUUAAUGAUGGCUGUUUGAAGUUAUACUAAGAUGUGAUUAGGAAUGUAAAAUAAACGAUAAUUAUGAUGUAUAUUCCUGAUUAGUUGUCGAUAAGGUUCAUUUUUAUUGUGAGCUGGUACGUAAAUUGAUUCGGUUAUUGUUUUUCUUGUUUUCAAAGUGUUAAAAUUAGAUGGUACAUUUUUAAAAUUACUAUCGAUUUAGAAAAAGAAAUAUUUCAAAAACCAUGUAUGCUUUAUUGUCUUUUUUUUGAGUUAAAAAAUAAUAAAUUCCCCACACUAAGUGUUUAAGCCUGGUUACAGUGAGGAUUAAGCUGGCGAUUGAUUUAAAUAAAUGUACUUGAUGGUGGUUACCGAACCCUAUAAUUCUAUAUUAAUAAAUUAACUUAAUAUGGAUAUACACCGCAAUUCGGAAAACGGUUUCAAAUAAAAAGCGAAAGCGAAGCUAUUGGUGAAAGUUAGAACAUUUUUUCUCAGAAUCGUAGGUAUUAAUUGUUACGCGGUUAGACGAUUUAGAUUAGAUCAGUAGAAUUUCUCCUCUACCUUGAGUUAUUACUUCAUUUCUGUUACACACUCAUGGCCUAAGUUAACUAAGUCAUAUGUUAUAGUAUACAAUUAUAAUGUUAUAGUAUUAAUUUAAACAUCGUUACAAUUAUGUGCCAGCUUACAGUAAAAACAUUUUUGUAUAAAAUUCCCUUAACAUUGUUAGUUAUAUACCAAAUAUUGUUUAGAACUAGAAUAUUUUUCUAAUGUUAUUGUUUUUUAAAAUUAAUUAUUUAUUUGUUUAUGAUCAGUUUCAUUUUGGCAUUUUAUGUGAAUUUUAAAAUGUAAAACGUUAAUAUCGAUUUUUAAAAUUUGAAAUUGUGAUAUUUCUUAAAAGAAAUUCUGAUAAAAAUGUAAUUAAAUUAUAUUAUUAUCAUUUAUGAAUGUCAAUUAUUUUUUUUAAUUUAUGACAAUACCUUUCAUAUAUGUACUUAAGUAUGUUUUUCAUAAUUUAUGCUUCCAUUUUCAUAACAACUAAAAAUAGCCAAAUAAAAUAAAAAUAUGUCCAUAAUUUUAUUAUAACUUUUGCGAGACAUACUUAAUUAAUUCGACGAUCUUUGACGAGGAACUCGUCAAACCGUUACGUGAGUAAGCCGAUAACAUAAUAAUUAAAACUAUGUCCAAUUCACAUUUUGUGUAGUUUACAAUCAAACAGGAUAGCAGAUUAAAAAAAUAAGCAAACAAAUCUUCAUGCUUCAUGCAUUAUAAACUUCAUGUCUAUAGUUAGUCAAAAUUACUUUCAAUCGAACAUUUUAAUAUGAAACAUAUUAUAUUAUCAUGAAAAAACAUUAAACAUUAUCUAGUGUUUAUAAUUUAAAAUUAUUUGGCCAAACUCAAACUGAUCAAUAUUGUUUUCUGUGCCCCUAUAUUUUGUUGUUUAAAUAAAAUGAAAUACAAAA